AUGUUACAGGUGAAAUUAAUAAGAUUUGACAGCUGGUUGGAUGUGAUUGGUGAGACAGGGAAGUGUCCAAAUGCACUCCUGGCACCAUUUGCUACUAAAACGGCUUGGCCUGUCAGAGAGUUUUCCAUGCCAAGAGGAGCCAACACUUUCUGCUACUGUGCAAAAGCAAAUGUGAUCGUCACUGGAGGAGAUGAUAAAGUCCUCCGGCUGUGGCACCCCAAUAUCAGUACUAAGCCAGUGGGGAAACUUGUGGGACACAUGUUCAGUAUCACUGAGAUCGUGACCAAUGAAAAGGAUCAACACAUCAUUAGCCUUUCCUCUGCAAAGGUUUUUAGAGUGUGGGAUAUUCAGACCCUUUCACUAUUACAAGUCUUCCAUGACAGCCAGGGAGGACCAGGAGACAUGCAGAUUUAUUCUAUGAUAUAUGAUGCCAAUCAUGGCAUGCUUAUUACAGGAUCUAGCGCAAUGGACAUGUAUCCCUUGACUAGGAUGAUACAAGAUACAAAACAGGUUCCUCACACUCAUGAACGAGAGAUCACUGUCACGCUUUACAACAAACAUUUUCACCAAGUACUCACUAUCUGCUCGGAAUCCAUAAUUAAGGUGUGGGAACUUGAGACUGGUCUCCAAAUAUACCAGAUUUUAGACCCUCAUGGCUUCAAUGUUGAACUGACUUCUGCAGCUAUCGAUGAAAGUGGAUUUUUUUUUGCCACAGGAGCACAUAAUGGGACAGUUAAAAUCUGGGACUUUGGCAGUGGUCAAGAGAUGAAAGCGUUGCCAGAAGGCAAAGACUGGAAGGAGGAAGAACACUGGAUGAGACGCCUGAUUUUCCUCAAAGCUCAGGAGAAACACCAGUACCUGGUCCUUGCCUUGGAGCGCAAUGGGUCUAUCAAAAUGAUCCAGGGUAAGGAAGAUGACUCGUACCUAGUGGUGAUAUGGGAACUGCCUGAUGCUGUGCCUCUUCUACAAGACGGGAAUCGCAUUGUGCAUCUGGGAACAUUUACUAAAGAUAGGAGCUUGGCUAUUCCUUUCCCAGAUAUCGAAUUAAUAGUUGGGGGAAACCCUCCUCAACACACUAAUAAUCCUGCCAUUGGUACUGAAGUAAACUGCAUUGAUGUAUUACAAGGAGAAGGAUACAAUUUGAUAGUUGCUGGAACCUUAAAUGGUGUGAUCAUCUUAUGGAAUUUUGUAACGUGUACAGUCAAAGAAGUAUACCGAGUUGAAGAUUGUUCUACUGUGGACCCUGACUUGGAUCCCAAGCGCUUUAGAAUUAAUGACAUACUGUUCCUCUUCCGUACCCCUGAAUGUGCACGGAAAUCAAGUCAGGAUUCCAUAUGCUCUUCCUCUCAGUGUGAUUCUAGCAGGGGUCCACAGAGUAGCAAGGGAAGCAAGCAAAGCAUACAUGACAGUGAAGUUAAAGGUGAGCAAACAGAUGUUAUGGGAGAGCAACACUCAGUCAACAAAAAACCUCCUAGAGGUGACAACUUAACAGAAGCUCAGCCACCUCUCAUUGUCACGGCUCAUGAAGAUGGACACCUCCGUUUGUGGACUAUGGAGGGAAGACUACUGAAAGACAUGCUACCUUUCACAAAACAUUCUGCCAUUUCUCUGACGACACUGCAUACUGAUUCGUGUACCAGGAUACUACUGACUGGAAAUGUGGAAGGACAUGUUAUCCUUUGCAGUAUUAGCUCUUUCCUUGAUCCGCCUCAUGAUGAAAAGAAAUUCAAGCAGCUGCUUUCCUGGCGUGCUCAUUCUUUAGAAAUUAUCCACGUAGUCUACGUAGAAGAAAAACAACUUGUUAUUACUUCCUCCAUUGAUGGCUCGGUAAGGCUUUGGAAUGCCUUCAGCGGUCAUUACUGUGGAUAUUUUGGACAGCGAAGGAUCUUUGAACUGUCACAAACAAGUGAUUUCAUUUUGCCUUGUGAUGUUACUGAAUAUCCCAUAGAAAUAAAAGAGGAAAGCAAGUUCACAGAGAAACAGCAAAAAUAUGAAUAUCCUCUGAUAUUUGACCGAGAAAGAUGGAAAAAAAUGAGCUCUUUGUCUCUACUUUUCAAACGGACACCUCCCAAAGCCUUUGAAGUGGAACAGGAUUUUAAGUUUUUCAAGUCUCUGUCUUCUCCCAAGAUUCGAAGAUAUGCCUUAGAAGGGUUCAUGACUGAAAACAGAGAAGCGGGGAUUGUUUUUGGUUCUCUUCCUAUAUACAGGGUCCCAAGCCCCACUACUUUAAGAUUCCUUCCACUUAUUGGUUCAGAAGCACAAAGGGAAUCUUCAGAUGGCAUUGUAGGAAAGAAGAAGGGAGGUCAUAGUCUACACGAAAAACAAACCCGGAGGAAAAGUCUGAAAAGAAAUUUAGUGCCACAAAUAAACCUGGCUUCUUCCUUCUUCCCAGCCAUACCAAAGUAAAGAGGAAAAUCAGAAGUGGCUGCUGCACAUAAAAUGGCCAGAUAUGGAUGAUAUCCUGGUCCUCAUCUCAGGAUGAAAGGGAGAGUCCACCAGACACAGACAGCCGUCCCUGUGUGCUCCCGCAUCCUACUGAUGAACAAGAUUGCUUGAGAGCUCUGGAGACCUCAGCUCUGAACAAACAGGCAGCAAGCAGCCAGUUUGCCGGCUUCUUUUAUAUGUCAAAAUCCACUUAGUGAAUAAGCCAUGUUUGUUGUUUACUGUUAGCAAAAUGACACAUUAAGAAACGAAUUAAAUCAAUAGCAUAAG